AUGGAAUCGUGCCCGGAAUGCGGCAGCACGGAGAAUAUCGUGCUUACGAGAUCUGUUCUCCAGUGCCGGUCGUGUGGCAUCUCUAGAUGCAGGCUAUGCAAGAAUAUGUGGAAUGUCGACCACAGAUGCGCCACUUCCGUGGCAUUGGCCAGAUCUUGGGAAGACUUUAAAGAUGUGGCGACCUAUGAGAUGCAGUUGCGGCCUUUAGGUUUCAAGCGUUGUCCGGCCUGCCAACUUGCUUGUGAGAAGCAAGAUCCCUUGUCUUGCGACCACAUCACCUGUGUUUGUGGGCAUGAGUUCUGCUGGAUGUGUGGCGAAGACCGUCGUGUAAUCAAGGCUCACGACAACAGCUACCAUCACAAGCGCUGCCCGUUCUAUGAGCCGUGCGAUGAGAUACCACGGCUGGAGAAGAAUUGCCCAGUUUGCCAAGCAACUGGAGUGCCGUGCUUGCGUCCUCCCCAAGCACAUGCAGCACGCAGGGCAGCGAUCAGACAGCAAGCUCUUGGUCUGGAAGUGCGGCGCUUAAGAGAGGGCAUGGAGCAGAGUGAUGGAGCCAUCAUCACGGAGAAGACAGAGGCAGUGCAGAGACCGGAGCACCCCUUCAACUUGGAGGCACUCUCGCAGCUGCUUUGCGGUGGUCCGCUGGCGUCUUGCUGCAGGGUGUUGAAUUCUGAUCCACCAGCCCGAUUGGACCACUCUCGCUGGAUGCCCGCCUCUGGCAUUCUCAAGCUGGUGGCAUUUUGUGGAAGUGCUGGCGCAGCUCCAGACAGAGCUGCAGGCCUGCAGCAGGAGCAUAGCAGCCACAGCCUCACGGCAUCUCACAGCGACAAGGUCUCAGAGGCGAGCGCAGCCAUCAAAUUGUCCCCCGCCAACGCGCAGCCGCCUCGCGAGUUGCAAGAGAGUGCGGCUUUCUAUUGCAUGACACAGAUUGCCAAUCCAUCCACAGGUGGAGAUGCUGUUGACGUGGUGCCUCUCCCAUCUGGCACGGAGUAUUCGGAGAUGUGCGUCCGCCGAGCCAAAGGAGACCAACUGCAGGGAGACGAGCACCGGCUCACCGAGAUAGAAGACCUGGCGCCUGUGGAGUGGUUGGCCAGGUGGCAACUGAGAAGCUUGGAGCAGCUGGGGCAUGAAAGCGUUGCGUCGCAGCCACCGGCGCGACGGGGCUUUGUGGGGUGGUUGCGAGGAGCCUCGGAUAGGGCGACAGCAACAGCAUCGCAAGGCGAGGAUGACGAGGCCUUGGAGGACAUUGUCGAGGAAGCUGGGAAGCAGAGCUUUUUUGAGGAGGUAGAGGAACCUCGAAAGCUUGAGGUUCGUCUUGCGAUUCCCCACUGUACAAUUCUUUCGUGCUCUCCAGCUCUCUCGUCGAGUCCAGUCCCAGAUUUGUGCAUCGAAGGCGGUGUUCAAUGUCAACUCUCACUCGCCACGGCUCGAGAAGGCUCCAUGGCUAAUUUCAUGAAGGCUGCCUGGGAUGCCGAUGUGAGUGCCAAUCUCUCCUCCGUGGCUGUGUUGCUCGGAAAGGAACCUUUGAUGCUACUUCGCCGCAGCGCAGAUGUCGAAGUCACACUGCCGAAAACGGUAUCCGAUGCUGACGACGAGGAGUUCUUCGAUGUACAAAGCGACAUCGAGGAAACUACAGACAGCGCAUUGCAGGAGGCUGCGGUCACACUGAGACUUCAUGUCGCACGCUUCGGGGGAAGUGCUGGCUCGAGCUCCUUGCCCUGGGCACUACGCGUGCGGCUGAAGCAGGAACCCUUCAGGUUCAUGCUUGCACCUCACAGUAUGCACGAUGCCUUGAGCAUGGUCGUGGCAGUGUUUAGAGCAGCUACUUCCUGCCGCCGUGUGUCAAGUCCAUCGGAUCCUUGCAUGAACACGAACCUCGUCGAGAGAGAUCCGAAGUCGCCCGCCGCAGCAGCUGACCAUCUGGAGGCGCCUCCAGAUGCAUCCGAGGCCCUGGCUCUGGACCUGGAUUUGGAUGUUGCAGCUCCAGUUUUUCGUUGGGGUCUAUUGCCCUCGGGACACGUCACCAUCGCCCUCGGUCGCUUGAUUUUCCGCACGAGCAGUCAGCAGCCGCCAGAACAAGUCUCGCAACCAGAGAGGUGCGAGUGGCGCAAGUUCUCUUGUUUUUGCCAGCUGACCGAGACAAGCGUGACGGCCCAAUCGGAAGAAGCUGAGGAGUUUCGAGUUUACGAGCCGGCAACCAUGAACCUCCAAGCGUGGCGAGAUGCAGAAACCAAUGGCUGGGACUUCAGCCUAGAGAGCCCAUCUGUCCGGUGGAUCGUCGAUCCACUCUUCUUGAAGGUGGCCGGACAGCUGCCAAUCAGCUUGGACCACGCCAUCAGUCCUUUGCGCGAUGUAAUGUCUCAGGUAUUGACUGAUCCCGGCGUGAGCUCCGCGAAUGCGGAAGGAACCCUGGCACAGUCCCAAGAAGCGAAGGUCCCUCAGGAGCCUGGAGGCAAAGUACACCCCAAGGUUCACGUCAAGCUGAGCAUCGCGACCACGCAGCUGGUUUUGUAUCCUGCGUCUGGCCACAAGGUCUCCUUGGAGUUGGACGGAAUUCUAGCCCAGUAUUCGGGCUAUGAAUCUCGCAACGACAUCUCGGGCGAGGUCGCGCUUUGCCACCUCUCCUGUGAUAGUACGGUGCUGGUUUCCUUCACCCGCGGUGCGUCGCUUCAGGUCAGAAGUGCAGAUCAUCAUGUAAACGUUCGCGGAGGCAGCACUUUGAUUGCUGUACGGUGGCACGAGCAUCCCAUCCGCGAGGUCCUGGGAGCCUUCUACGAGGCUUGGGAGGCUCUGGCCGCUGGACACGAGCACGUGCAGGGGAUUCUUCCGGUUGGAGACAGCGCUGGGAUGUUUGCCAAGCUUUGGGGCGCCUAUGUGGUCCAUCCAAUACAGGCGCGGGUGAAGCAGAAGGCUGCUCAGCGGCUUGCUGAGCUAGUUCCAGGAGUGGAGCAAGGUGCAGAGCCGGACGCGGGUCUGGCAGCGCAGCAGGACACCGAACAGGAAAGCCACAAGAGCAAUGAGGACGCGGAAUGCCUCCAACCUCGGGGUUCCUGCUCUGUGGAGGUGGUCCUGUUCUACGAAGGUUUAGAUAUCGUCUUCCCCGGGAGCGAACACCGCGAAGGUCCUACCGAUGGACCACCUGUGGUGCAAGUUGGUGUCAAUGGCGCCGAAUGUUCGUUUCGAGCAUUUCAAUCCGGAGACGCUUCUGCUGCAGUGUCGCUGGUGGCCGUGACCCUCGAACUAGACGGCCGGAGGCUGCUGAUGCCGCGACGGGGGGAGAAGCUUCUGAAGGUGAACAUCCUCCACCGAUCUCGUGUUGAACCGGCCCUGUCAUGGACGGCAUCGUGGGCUUGCCCCUCCUCGUGGUUUGAGCAUCCUGUGGGCCAUGGUUGCCGUUUCACGAAACUGCUGCUGCACACAUGGCACUCGCAGAUAAUGCCCAAGUUGAGUGUACAAAAGGAGCUCCGGAGCUUCGUUGGACAAGUCUUGCGAGAGGGUGGAGAGGAUCAUCUGCUGCAUCGGAAAGGAAAGGGCGGGAAAGGCAAAGGAAAGGGCAAGGGCAAGGGCGGCAAGAGCAAAGGCAAAGGCAAGGACAAAGGCAAGCUAGCUCGAAGCGGCAAAGGCAAGGCCAAGAGCGAGCAAUCAGGCCAUGCCCCGGUUCCGCUGCACGGGCCUCGUGCAUCCAGGCGGGUGCAGCGUCGGCAGCAGCGCAAGGACAAGAAGGCGCGCCGCGCGCACUUCUUCGGUGGCCAUCGACAUGCCGAGGCUCCCGAGGAAGAGCAGAACGUGCGGCCUGAUGCCGCGAAGGCAAAGAAGGCCCAAACAGGCAAAGCAAUGCAAGCAAGCAGCAAGAGGAUGCGACACAUGGACGACGACGAUGAAAUCACAUCCGAAGAAUGUCAAAAUGCAGAAGGUGAAGAGCGCAAGGACGGUGCAGGUAUGGAGAUGGCAGAUGCAGAUGAAGGCUCCGCUCCUGAGAACAUGGAAUCAGAGAUGGAAGAAGAUGAUGCUGAAGUUGGUAGCAGUGACGGCAGUGAGCAGGGUGAGAAUUCCACCCCUGGAGAGCAUGAACAAGGCCGGUACAUCCCUCCACAUCUGCGUGGCAAACAGAGGCAAGACACCGUGCAACUGCAGCACCUGCGCCAGCUGAGAGGUAUUUUGAAUCGCGUCUCUGAGGGAAACUUGGAUCCAAGUUGUAAUGAACUGGUGCAGCUGCUGAGCAAGCUGGUGCCGUCGGUGGGCUCUGCUACAGCUGCUCAUGAAUUUGCAGAAGCGUUGUUGCAGGCAGCAGUAGGUGAUCCGAAUAUUUCCGUCCUUGUCUUGGGCUGCUUUGCGGCAUUGGUGGCCGCCUGCCAUGUGCUUCUGGGGCCAGCAUUUGGGGCCGCAGCUCUCUUGAAGAGCGCGAAGACACUCAAGGAUCGAAUGGCAGCUGCGGAGGAGAACAGACGGGAAAAGGAAAAUGAGGACAACGAGGAGGAGCUACAAAAUCCGGACGCUCGCGUUGCCAAGAGCAGCAUAAUUUUCAACAUGCUGCUUUUCAGCUUCGGAGUUCUGCCAGGGAGCGUUGUUUUCGACAUCGUGCGAUUCGUGUUUGCUAGAUCCGCCUCGGAACUCUCCAUUGACCUAUCUCUUGCGAUACUACGUUAUGGCGGCCGGAAACUACGAUCCGAUUGUCCGGACGACUUCCGCGCUGUGCUCAACUUCGUUACAGCAGAAGCGAGCAACUCUAGAGACAAGUCUGAUGAUGGCUCUGAGAUAAAAUCACGCCUGGACUACUUGUUGCGAGAGCUGGCCGAUCUCAAGAACAAUAAAGUUUCCUUUGCUGUGAUGGAUCGUUUCAAGCAAACCCAGGGAUGGCUGCAAACCGCACCUUUGUUGGCAGGCAAGAAAGUGGAGGAGCAUGCUCUGGCAGUGCCUUUCCAGCUGAUGCAAGACGAAGCUCCUCCUAAUUGGCCGUUGCAGGGGGGUGCCUCCACCAUCUUGGCCAAAUCCAAAAGGGGCACUCUUGCCGACCCACUGAGGGAUGCUGCCGUCGCACAGCGCCUGACAUCCGAGUUGCGCCAGAGUCUUUUUGUAGCCCUCAUGGGGGCCGAGGAUUUUCAGGAUGCAGCGGAGCGAUUGUCUGUGGCAGCAUCGGCUGCUAAGGCUGGCUGUGUCGAAUGCUGCAUCGUCCUUUUUCACUGUGCCAUUCGCGAGAAGGCACCGAAUGCCUUUUAUGCUCAUGUUGCACAUGCUCUUUGUGGUCUUCCGGCCCCUGCAGGCAAGAGGUUCUCACACGGUAUGAAAAGAGCAGCGGUGCAACACAUACAGCAAGCGCACACCUAUGGAGUGCGCGCUGCAGUUUGCUUGGCCGAGUUAUGUGCUGCAAUGAUGGCCUCCAACAGCGUGAUGCUACCAGUUUCGAUCAUUCGCUUCAUGCGGUUUGGUGGCGACACCGGGGACGGUGGUGGCAGCCAGGGACUGCGAGGCAUCUUGGGCCUGGUCUUACGACACAUGGUGGAAUCACUCCUCCAGCAGGUGCCGGAAUCACAAAUCUCCCAACUCUUUGCGCCUCUCCGAAAGUAUGAGGAUGUUCGAGAAGGAAUGCUCUUGAUUCUGGACGGUCAUGUUCGGCCGAGGCUGCCUUCCGCGGCCAAGAAUCCAAUUCUUUGGGACAAGUUCCGAGCAGCGCGCAAGGAAGUUGUCACGAGAUCAGCGAUGGAUUGA